CGACAUUAUUAACUGAACUGUACAUUAUUUUUAUUUGUGGUAUUAGCUAAUCGUGUGAAGAAAUGAAUUUACGUCUGUGCAAAACGUUCCUCUUACUAUUGUGCAUUAUUUCAGAAUUUAAUAUAAAUAAGAAGCAAAGAUUUACCACAUCGAAAGCAUUUUUGAUUUUCAAAACCAAUUCGUUAAAUGGAAGAUCAUGCACUUGUCCUACAUCUUACACCUGUUCUUGCUGCGAAAAUGUUAUCAUCAUUUAUACCAAGAUGACGAAACAACUUUGUGUCAAUUUUACUUAUGAAACGAACAGACUGAAAGUAAAUAUCACGCUGAAUGCAGUAAUCUUAACUAAUCAAAUUAUUACAGAGUAUAAACCCUUUAGAAUAUGCAAUCAAGUACCUGGCAGUUUCUUUUCGAGUGUUUGUGCAAAUAUUUUAGAAUUGAAUCAAUUUCCCAGAUCAAUCACUGCUUGUCUUCGAACCGAAAUAGCUACUAAACAUAAAUUAUGGCAACUGAAUUACAAUUGCAUCAGUAUAUCAACGGAAUUGCCAAAGAUAUCCAAUACAACUACUCCUACUACGAUGACAGUAACACAAUCGCCAGGAAUGGCAGGCAUGCCUUCAGGACAAAUGCCAGGAAUGGCAGGGAUGCCUUCGGGACAAAUGCCAGGAAUGCCAGGAAUGCCUUCAGGACAGAUGCCAGGGAUGCCAGGGAUGCCUCCAGGACAAAUGCCAGGAAUGCCAGGGAUGCCUCCAGGACAAAUGCCAGGAAUGCCAGGGGUGCCUCCAGGACAAAUGCCAGGAAUGUCAGGGAUGCCUUCAGGACAAAUGCCAGGGAUGCCUGCAGGACAAAUGCCAGGAAUGUCAGGGAUGCCUUCAGGACAGAUGCCGGGGAUGCCUGCAGGACAAAUGCCAGGAAUGGCAGGGAUGCCUCCAGGACAAAUGCCAGGAAUGCCAGGAAUGCCUUCAGGACAAAUGCCAGGGAUGCCUGCAGGACAAAUGCCAGGGAUGCCUGCAGGACAAAUGCCAGGGAUGCCUGCAGGACAAAUGCCAGGGAUGCCUGCAGGACAAAUGCCAGGAAUGCCUUCAGGGCAAAUGCCAGGAAUGCCUUCAGGACAAAUGCCAGGGAUGCCAGGAAUGCCUCCAGGACAAAUGCCAGGGAUGCCAGGAAUGCCUCCAGGACAAAUGCCUGGAAUGUCAGGAAUGCCCCCAGGACAGAUGAUGGGAAUGCCAGGAAUGCCUCCAGGUCAAAUGUCAGGGAUGCCUCCAGGACAAAUGAUGGGAAUGCCUCCAGGACAAAUGAUGGGAAUGCCAGGAAUGUCUUCAGGGUAAAUUUCAAUGACAAAAAUAAUGCCACUAGAUUAAAUAUCAGGAUUAUCAUCAAUGAAUAUAGGAAUUUCUGUAUUAUAAAUAUUAAAAAAAAAAAAAAAAACUAGUGGUAAUAACUUUUAACAAUUUAAAUAAUUUAUUAAUGUAAAGGAUGUAACGGAAAUAAGAAACAUUAUAUAAUGAUGAGUAAAAAAAGUAAAAUAAUCUAAUAGCUGACAUUUUAGUUC